ACAGAGUGAACAGGCACUGAUACAACCAACAAGAAGCUAGAAAGGGAAGGGAAAAAAAUAAAUGUACUAGUCAGAGGGGUGGGACAUACAGGUGAAGUCAGACAGGUAAGAGCAGGAAGGGAGAUAGAAAUAUAACAAACAGGGGACGGACAGGUUUUAUGCUGGGCUGUAAGGAGAAAAUAGGUAUAUGAGAAAUUGAGAUGAUUGAUUUACACUAUUCUCCUAGUUAAUAGGUUAUCCAGUUCAAUAAAGGCACAUUAUUUAGUGUUUAAAGCACCUAUUCAUAUCUGUUUUGGUGUAGGUCAGAGAUACCCAGCUAAGUGCAGAUGAAAUAGAUGAGGGACUGUGACCCAAGUGCCAAAGGACAAGCAAAGGAGGGUAGGUAGAAAAAAGGAUUCCGCAAGAAAGUAAAAGCAAAAACCUAGACACCUGUAAUCACCUGUCUGACAAGUGAGGAUUGUUGCUGAGUUUUGUGAAGACGAUUUGGGGUAAAGGGGUAUCCUGUAAAGUAAUCAGUCUGACUGCUCAGUGGGUAAUGGGGGGCUGCGACAGAUGACUUCCUGCUAGCACCUGCAGAAUGCCAGUGGUUGCACAUUGUGGAACAAGGAGCACUGAAGUCACGUUACCAAGAAGGACUUGUAGGCAGCGGGCGGCCAGGAUGUGGGGCCGCCCGCUGCCCAUAAAAAAACUAAAAAAACAUUUUCAGCUGCUUCUGGUAUUAUCUAUUCUACUGCUGGGGAUGUGGACAAUGUAUCUGCAGAUGACAGCACUGGACGACAGAAAUCCCAUCAACCGAAGAUACAGCAGUUGGAGAGAGCUGGGCAAAGCUCUGGCACAAAACAAUAUUCCUGCCGUGCAUCCAAACCUUGAAUUUUACCAACCCCCAAAACAAAACAAAGAGGAUGGUGGUGGAGAACUGCUGCCUAAUGUCUCCUGGAACAAGCUGGUCCCAUGGAAACCAGAAUUUUCAGGCAAGGUUAACCUCCAUGUAUUUGAAGAUUGGUGUGGAAGCAGCAUCCAGCAGCUCCGGCGAAACCUGCACUUCCCCUUGUACCCCCAUAGUCGUAUCACAGUGAACAAACUGGCAGUCACCCCCCAAUGGGUAAACUAUGGGCUGCGCAUGUUUGGAUAUCUGCAUCCUGCGACAAAUGGUGAUUUUCAGUUUGCGGUGGCUUCUGACGACAACUCUGAGUUCUGGUUAAGUGAAGAUGAGACUGUAGGAAAAUUGCGCCUCCUGUGUAGUGUGGGUCCGACAGAAAAGCACUGGACAGCCCCAGGAGAGUUUGGGAAGUUCAAGAGUCAGAUUUCUAAGUCAGUGAGACUUUCAUACUCAAAAAGAUAUUAUUUUGAACUGUUGCACAAACAAGAUGAUACUGGAACAGACCAUGUGGAGCUGGCGUGGCGUCUCGCAGAGGAUGGUUCUCACUUCACUCUCAUAGAGUCACAGUUCCUGUCUCUUUUCUCCAAUGACACACAUCUUCCCCUUGGGGACACUUCACAAAUACCACUGACAGCAGCAAGUUAUCACAUCUCUGGGUCUGAGCGGCACCCGGCAGACAUGCUCAGAUCUGAUCCACGAGAUGACUUUUAUAAAGUCCCGCUUAUUGGUAUAAGGCGUCUGCGCAAUGUUCUACCAAGCUGCCCCUACAAACCCAGUUAUUUGGUUCAAGGUUAUCCUUUACAGCGUUACCAGGGUCUUCAGUUUGUACAUCUCACUUAUGUAUACCCUAAUGAUUACACACGCCUCAGUCACAUGGAGAAGGAAGACCAAUGUAUCUAUCAGAGGAACAGGAAAUAUACUGACAGAUUCAGUUAUAACAGAUAUAUGAAAAUGGAUCAUCCAGAGUCAAAACAAAACAUACGGCCAGAGUGGGUUGAUGAUUACAACCCUGAGGAUUUUCAGUAUGAAGAUGCACAGGAUGAAUAUACGGAGACCGAAAAUGAGGAUGAGGAUGAUGCUGGGACACUGCAAAGGAAGCUCUUAUUUGUUACAAACAAGAAGAAAGUUAAAAGUAGAAGACAUAAUUCUCAGCGUUUAAGAAGAAUUCGUAUUGCUAGAGAGCCAGAGAAAAGCACUAAAAAACUCACAUAUGACAUAGAACAAUCAGUACAGAACAAUGACAAGACUCAGAAGAGUUUGGUGACACAACAAAUAGCACAUACCGUGAAUAGCUUACAUGCACUUAAAGGACAGAAACUCUUGGUCUCUGAAACAUGGACUGACAGGAUGUUGGGAUCCAUUGCCCACUUAGAUACAGAGUAUAUAUUACAGGGUAAGAAGCAGAUUGAGAAGUGGCAGCAGAAAACAGAAGAAUUGGUGAGCAACAAUAUUCAAAAAAGACAAGAAGUACAAGACCAUGGAUUGGAAGGAAAGGAUCAGAAUCCAGAACAGCGUCCAGGUGUGAAAACGGAGUAUCAAAGGUUUAAAAAUAAGAAUCAGGAAAGUCAGUGGAAUACAGGAAAAAGGAACAAAAAUCAGUUAAAUGAUAGAGACCAAAACAUACACCCUAGGAGAGAAAUGGGAAGGCCCACACCACAGGAGGAAGAAGAUGUGAAUUUGAGACACCAACUAGGUAAUACGAAAAUCAAUAAAUCUCAUAAAGAAAUAUAUAAGAGAGAUAAUCCUAACUUGUUUGAGGUGAAGCACAAAGAGCAAACAGUGUCCAAACCAAGUGAAGAAUUGAAGCAGAAGCCCAAGUUGAGAGAAGAGGAAAAACUUCAGUUUAACCUAGAUAAAGGGUGGAGGCAGGGCACUGAACACGGUGAAAGGAAGAAGCAGGAUCCCAAACAAGGUAAAUCAGUAAGGCAGAGCCAGGAAGUUGAUAAAGGUCUGAGGUAUGAAGAUAAAGAAGUUGUAACCGAGAUUCAGAAGUCUGAAUUCAGAGAGGUUGGAAAAGACUGGACUAAGCACAAUAAAAGUUUGACGUCUAAUAUAGAUGAGGAGAUUAGACAGAAGCAUCUGGAUCCCAAAGCUGAGGGAUAUGAAGGUAAUGAAGAUGGAGAACAGGAAGAUGAAGAGGUAGAUCCUCAGGAGGAGGAUGAACUCCAGGAGGAAGAAGAAGAACUAGGAUACCCAGUAGUCUUUGAGCAACCAGUGGGCUGGAAUCGGACAUUCAGUGUGGGUAAAAUUGAUUUCCAGAUUGUGCGCUCAAACCUUCUCGAUCUUCACUGUAACACUUCUGGGAAUCUGCUGCUCAGAGAGGGAGAGGCCUUGAGUGUGGCUAACGCAUUCAUGAAGAAACUGAACCAGAGGCACCAUGGAGUGUUUCAACUCCAGCGUAUCAUCAAUGUGGAGAAGCGUUUGGAUUAUAUAAAAGGAAGCCGCUAUCUGUUGGAGCUACAGCUAAAGGAUCGAUCUGGUCGAGCAUUGCGUAUCUCUCAAUAUGUUUACGCUCCAGGAUAUCUGGGACUAUCUAAGGAGACCCAUGAACAGGAAAUGGAGAUGAGGAAAAUGUUAUGGGGAUCAUACAGACGACUGAUGGGAGCUGAAGAGCAGCCAGAUCUGUGCUGGCCAGCAGGAGUCAAUUGGAACCCUCAGGCAAAUGUACAUUUUAUAGUGCCAGUUAAGAACCAGGCUCGAUGGGUGCAGAAGUUUAUUUGGGAUAUGGAGAGACUGUACCAGACAACCUUAGACUCUAGAUUUCACAUCAUCAUUGUUGAUUUCAGCAGCACAGAUAUGGAUGUGGAAGCUGCACUGAAUCGAUCACAUAUACCCAGUUACCAGUUUGUAAAACUAGAUGGGAAUUUUGAGCGUUCAGCAGGAUUACAGGCUGGGAUCAACCUAGUUAAGAACCCUCAUAGUAUCUUGUUCCUGUGUGAUCUUCACAUACAUUUUCCUCCAUCCAUCAUUGACUCUAUACGAACGCAUUGUGUUGAGGGCAAAAUGGUCUUUGCUCCUAUGGUGAUGAGACUGAACUGUGGCGCAUCUCCAGACCGGCCAGAAGGCUAUUGGGAGGUGAAUGGAUUUGGGCUGCUUGGAAUCUUUAAGUCUGACCUGGAUCUGAUUGGAGGAAUGAACACAGCGGAAUUUCGGGAAAGAUGGGGAGGAGAGGAUUGGGAGCUGUUGGACAGGGUUCUGCAAGCUGGCCUGGAAGUAGAGCGAGUUGCUGUCAGAAACUUCUUCCAUCAUUAUCAUUCUAGGCGAGGCAUGUGGAAUCGUAGGCAAUCAAGCAGCUGAAUGAUCAUGUUGUAACAGCUCUGCCAUGAAAGCAGCCAUCUACGGAUGGUCAGUACGAUUUCCUAGAACACUUGUUGCCAGGUUGAAGCAUAGAGACAGCCCAUCCAGGUUAUCAUGGUCAGCAUCACCGAGCUAUCCUGAGCCAUUACGCUGACCAUUUGCUGCUUCUUAUGACUGAUUUUAACAAUACCUGGUAUUUGACUUUAUUUGCUUGCAACAAUGAAAGGAGACACCGGUAACCAGAGCCUGUGUAUGUGAGUUACACCAGGCUCUGUGUGGUUGGGUUUGUAUACUGAGAUCUCUUAGAGUUUAAGUGACAUACUGAGCCUGUAUGUAAAGGAAGCAGUUUGAAAUCAAUCUGGAGUAAAGUGGUAUGUGUGAAAUGCAUAUACAGUAUAUAUUUAUAUAUGAAGUAUGUUGUAGAGGUGCAUAUAGAGUAUGCACAUGGUGGUGCUACAGUGAGCCUGCAUAUGCAAGGUGCAUAUGAAGUAUGUGUACAGGUGGACAUAAUAAUGUGUGUACUGUGGACAUAUACAAACUCUAAUCUAUACAUAUAUAGAUAUACUGGGGUCGAUUUAUCAUGGCCCAAAUUUGGCCAAAUACCCCUGUUUCCACGCGAGCCUUGAGGCUCGCCGGAAACAGGAGUUAAGAAGCGGCGGUCUUAAGACCGCCGCUUCUUAACUCGUCUGCCGCCUCUGAGGCUGCGGACAUCAAUCCACCCGAUCGAAUACAAUCGGGUUGAUUGAUACCCCCUGCUAGCGGCCAGGAGGCCGCAAAUCUGCAGGGGGCAGCAUUGCACAAGCAGUUCAACAGAACUGCUUGUGCAAUGUUAAAUGCUGACAGCGUAUGCUGUUGGCAUUCAGCGAUGCCUGGCCCCACUGAG